UUGGAGGUGUCAGGCACAUUUGACAACAGGCGGAGCGAGCGUCUUGCAUUCCUAAUGAACGUGAGAAAGUGGCUGGCCGAGAGAGCGACACGCAUAAUGAGAGAGAGAGAGGGAAGGAAGGCGAAAAAGGAGGCGGCUUUAGGACAAGAGUGGUGGAAAAGCUGCGAGAAAGCCAGAGCCAGAGCCAGAGAGAGAGAGAGAGAGAGGCGUUAAAACGAGUGUGGGCUUCUCUCAAGCUCAGCAGCGCUCAGUCGGAGCCGGCCGGAUGCUGCGUCUGGACCAAUCGUCAUCGCCACCAUCAGCCUUUCCUCCCGGGGAUGCGCGCCGGGCUGGAAUGUUGUGCCAUGGAUGAUAACGCCAUGGAAUUCUUCAGUCACAGGUAAAGAAGAAAAGAACGGCGAGCCCCGAAAAAAACGACAUGACGGGACGGCGCGCCAGCCGGGACGGACCCCGCCGUGUGGGAGGCUCGUGAAGAAGAAGAAGAAGAAGGAGAAAAAGUAGACAAGCGGGAGUUGAGUUUUUUUGGUUUUCAAUAAUUAGGAAGGAAGACUUGUGGCUUUUCAAGCGUGGCGGAACAAUGCGCGGCUUCAUUCUGCUGCUCCUCAACGGAACCGCUUGUUUGGUGGCCCUGAGUCAGGAGGACGACUCGUCGGGCCCCAAGAGCUCCUCGUCCAAGACGGUGGGCCUCCUGAGCGGCCAGGCCGGCGUGUCGCCGCUGAGCCGCUGGAUGCUUCACGGCAGAGGGCGAGCGGCCAACGCCACCUCCUUGGAGCUGCCCUACCGCACGCCGGCCGCCUUCUCCAAGCAGGAGUUUUCCAAGCAGGAGUUCUGGGAGAUGCUGGGCAGCGAGCCGGCGGCGAAGGGGGACGCCUCCGGCUCGCGGGUCAAGCGGCGGCCCAUCGUCAAGACGGGCAAGUUCAAAAAGAUGUUCGGCUGGGGGGACUUCUACUCCAACAUCAAGACGGUGCGGCUCAACCUGCUGAUCACGGGCAAGAUCGUGGACCACGGCAACGGCACCUUUAGCGUCUACUUCCGCCACAACUCCACAGGCCAGGGCAACAUCUCGGUCAGCUUGGUGCCGCCCGUCAAAGCGGUGGAGUUCGACCUGGAGCGCCAGAGCGUGGUCUACCCCAAGGACUCCAAGAUCUUCAACUGCCGCGUGGACUACGAGAAGGUGGACCGCAGCAAGCGCACGUCGCUGUGCAACUACGACCCGUCCAAGACCUGCUUCCAGGAGCAGAUCCAGAGCCACGUCUCCUGGAUUUGCUCAAAGCCUUUUAAAGUCAUCUGCAUCUACAUUUCCUUUUACAGCACGGACUACCGCCUGGUCCAGAAGGUUUGCCCGGACUACAACUACCACAACGAGAUGCCCUACUUGCCGUCGGGCUAGGCGCGCGGGAGUGGCUGGCUGGCUGGCUGGCUGGCUGGCUGGAUGGAUGGCGCCUUGCUUUUUCCAUGCCACUGUGUAGCCUGUCUGGACUCAAAGAUAGAUCUAUCUAUAUAUACGUACACUAACUAUAUAUAUAUAUAUAUAUAUAUAUGCAAAAGCCAAACAAUAAACAUAUGCACAGAACGUGGCAGCCGGGUGGGGAACAUCAGCGUCAACAAGUUCUUACCUCAACACUAGUCGGUCUCCAUCGAGUCCAGUCAAACAAAUUAAGCCCAAAAUUGCCAGAGCACAGUCCAUUUGUAUCAGCCUGUGCCUUUCUCACACAAGUAGGACAUGGGAUGCACACCCUCAACUGAUGGCCACCGCUUCCCGCCCUUCCGUCGCCCAGCAGAACCAUUUGAGCAUUUACUUUCCUCCCAUUGAAUGUAUAAGGAAUGCAAAAAGGCUCUUUAUGAGUUCCGUUCCGACACAAUUUCUACAUUAGAAAUUUGGGGACUUUUUUUUUUUUAAUAAUGUGUACUGUACCAAAACAAAACGGCACCAUUUAGUGGGGGGGAAAAAAAAGGGCAGGCUCUUAUAAUUCAAGCAACAGAGCACGCGCCCGAGUCUUUUGUCCCUGUGUGUGUGCAGGGGGAAUAGAAAAAAAAAAA